AUGCCGCGGGUGGUCGUAACUUGCUCUAACGACAUCAUUCAUAGACUUGGCAAUUUUCCACAAGGCGACUGCACAAGGAUGUUUACAAACCAUGACGACACAUUUAACGACCUCUGGGACAUUGCUGAGAAUUAUGAGGAGUGCCUGAACCGCCUCCGCCCACGUCCUCUCAGCCGCCCCCGCCCACGUCUUCUCCCGCCCCCGCCCACGUCCUCUCAGCCGCCCCCCCCUCGCCCUCAGCCGCCCCCGCCCACGUCUUCUCAACCGCCCCCGCCCACGUCCUCUCAACCGCCCCCCCUCGCCCCUCAGCCGCCCCCGCCCACGUCUUCUCAGCCGCCCCCGCCCACGUCCUCUCAGCCGCCCCCCCUCGCCCCUCAGCCGCCCCCGCCCACGUCCUCUCAGCCGCCCCCGCCCACGUCCUCUCACCGCCCCCCCUCGCCCCUCAGCCGCCCCCGCCCACAUCCUCUCAGCCGCCCCCCCUCGCCCCUCAGCCGCCCCCGCCCACAUCUCUCAGCCGCCCCCGCCCACGUCCUCUCAGCCGCCCCCCUCGCCCCUCAGCCGCCCCCGCCCACGUCCUCUCAGCCGCCCCGCCCACGUCCUCUCAACCGCCCCCCUCGCCCCUCAGCCGCCCCCGCCCACAUCCUCUCAGCCGCCCCCGCCCACGUCCUCUCAGCCGCCCCCGCCCACAUCCUCUCAGCCGCCACCCCUCGCUCCUCAGCCGCCCCCGCCACAUCCUCUCAGCCGCCCCGCCCACGUCCUCUCAACCGCCCCCCCUCGCCCCUCAGCCGCCCCCGCCCACGUCCUCUCAGCCGCCCCCGCCCACGUCCUCUCAGCCGCCCUCCCUCGCCCCUCAGCCGCCCCCGCCCACAUCCUCUCAACCGCCCCCGCCCACGUCCUCUCAGCCGCCCCCCCUCGCCCCUCAGCCGCCCCCGCCCACAUCCUCUCAGCCGCCCCCGCCCACGUCCUCUCAACCGCCCCCCCUCGCCCCUCAGCCGCCCCGCCCACGUCCUCUCAGCCGCCCCCGCCCACAUCCUCUCAGCCGCCCCCGCCCACGUCCUCUCAACCGCCCCCCUCGCCCCUCAGCCGCCCCCGCCCACAUCCUCUCAGCCGCCCCCGCCCACGUCCUCUCAACCGCCCCCCCUCGCCCCUCAGCCGCCCCCGCCCACAUCCUCUCAGCCGCCCCCGCCCACAUCCUCUCAACCGCCCCCGCCCACCCGCCCCCGCCCACGUCCUCUCAGCCGCCCCCCCUCGCUCUCAGCCGCCCCCGCCCACAUCCUCUCAACCGCCCCCGCCCACAUCCUCUCAGCCGCCCCCGCCCACAUCCUCUCAACCGCCCCCGCCCACGUCCUCUCAACCGCCCGCAAUAAUUACACGCCGCCGCUCUCAUCAAAGCAGAACUUUUCUACUUCGUGA